AUGAUGUUCCGGCCCUUUUCCCCUCCCCCCUCUACCUCUCUCUUCCCUGUUUUCCUUCUGCUCCUCCCUUUCCUUCCUCCAUCCCUCGUCUCGUCUUCCCUUUCUCACACCCCUUUGAGCUGGACUUCACCUCAUGACCCCUGCUACUACCUAGACGGCCGCCCCCGACACUGCCUAUCAGAGUUUAUCAACGGCGCUUAUGGCGUCCCAGCCAAUGCUAGCCAUUCACUACAAGGGCCCGAUUAUGACAGCAACAUCACCACCUUAACGGACCUCCACAACCCACACAACCUCACCUGCUGGAUGGCUCGUGGAGGUCCUGACACCGGAGAAUGGGUCCUCACUCUUCCUCUGGGUCGACGCUUUGAGAUCACCUACAUAAGUUUGCAGUUUUGCCAACAGGGGGAGCCAUCAGACCCCAUCUCCAUCUCCAUACUCAAGUCCAUGGACUAUGGGCGCACCUGGAGGCCGAUGCAACACUACUCCAGCGACUGCCUUGGGGACUUUGGGCUACCCUCCCAGACGGUCGCCCAGACAAGGCACCAAGAGACGGAGCCCCUCUGCUCCGACCCUCGCCCUCUCCAGAAGCAGAGGGGCGGCAUGGUGUUGGCCUUCUCAACCCUCGACGGACGGCCUUCCUCUCCCGAUUUUGACCACAGUCACACCCUUCAGGACUGGGUGACAGCCACGGACAUCCGUGUGGUCUUCCAUCAGGUGUCCAAAGACAACUCGGAUAAGAGAGAGGAAGCACGGCGACGUGAUGGUGCAGAAGAUGACAUAAGAACGGGGCUUCCGAGGUGGAGAUCAGGCUCCAAGGGGCACACUGAAGAUCAGGUGGACAGGUUAAAUACAGAUAAUACACUGGCAUUUUUUGAGAGGGAGAACAAAAACUCAGGGAUAAGGGGGAGGAACAAAGGGGAGAAAGUGGACAAACAUGGAAGGAAGGGUCAUUAUAAAGGGUCAGGUCAAGACGAAGAUGGACACAACGUGACGAGCAAAGAAGGGGGUGAUAGUUUAAGCACAGACAUGCUCGCUUCUUCAAAGAAAGGUGGGAAAGCCAGAGGGCAAGGACGCAAGAAGGAAAACAAUCAUUGGCUGCCUUGCCCCAAUGGUGGUUGUAUUUGGACAGUUGAGGGGCGGAGCAGGAACAACAAGGGGCGGGAACUGAGGAAGAGGAGGAACAAUAAUCUCAAAACAAGACAAAGCUCCAGGAAUCUGCAGGUGGCCCCACCCUCUGCUGUCCGAGCCCCUCUGGCCCUCUCGGACCUGCAAGUUGGCGGCAGGUGUAAAUGCAACGGACACGCCUCCAGGUGUCGCCGUGACAACACGGGCCAGGCUGUGUGCGUGUGCGAGCAUCACACGGCUGGGCAAGACUGUGAUGUGUGUGAGGAUUUCUACUGUGACAGACCCUGGCAUCGGGCUACACCCACGCACCCAAACCCCUGUGUUGCCUGCGAGUGUAACGACCACUCAAACAAGUGCCGCUUCAGCAUGGAGGUGUUUCAGCAGUCGGGCCGGCGGAGCGGAGGCGUGUGCCAGAAGUGUCGCCACCACACGGCCGGACGCCACUGCCAGUACUGCCAGAACGGAUACACCCGCGACCAAAGCAAGCCGCAGAACCACCGCAAGGCCUGCCAACCAUGCCUGUGCCAUCCUUUGGGAGCAGUGGGUCGCUGGUGUAACCAGACAUCGGGUCAGUGUCUGUGUCGAGAUGGGGUGACCGGCCUCCGGUGUAACCGUUGCGCCCCGGGAUACAAACAGGGCAAGUCCCCUCUGCGGCCCUGCAUACGAAUUCAAGAGGUCGUUCCGACCCCAGUGUACCAACCUCAGUACAGCAUAGCGGAGGAGUGUGUCUCAUACUGCCAGCCUUCUCAGGUUAAAGUCAGGAUGAACUUGGAGACAUAUUGUCUCAAGGACUUCGUGCUGAAGGUGCAGGUGAAAGGGAUGGAGCGUUCAGGUCCCUGGUGGCAGUUCUCCAUCUCAGUCCAUACUGUUUUCCGAACGGGGUCCACCUCUCGCAUUCGCAGGGGCCCCCAGUCUCUCUGGGUCCCAGACCGCGACCUCGGCUGCGGCUGUCCCGCCCUCCACGUGGGCCGGACCUUCCUCUUGAUCGGUGCGGAGGAGGGGGAGCGGGGAUGGAGCCCCGAGGAGAGUCGCCUGGUGGCGGACCGCUCCACUCUGGCCCUCCAGUGGCGGGAACACUGGAGCCCCAAACUGAGGGGCUUCCGGGGGCAGGACAAGAGGGGCCGCUGCCCGCCUAAACACCAGCGCCACCAUUACAGGGAGCCAACGAAGCCCCAGUCUGGGUACAUCCCCCCUCACCUGCUGACUGAGAAAGAGCCUCUCAGUGUGGACACACACUCUGUGAAAGUGGAGGACGCUCAAACCUCAGUGGUGCCGCACACACACUCUCACACAGAAGCAGAUGUUAAACCCACAGAGGUGACCCCCUCGCCAUAUACACACACUCUGGUGUGCUCUACUCAAGGUCCAGGCUGA